AUGUCAUCCUUCAACCCCGACGAGCCUGCGUGGUACAAGUGCUCCCACUGUACCGACCAAUUCAAGCGAGAAGACCACCUGCGCCGCCACGAGCUCAGCCAUGGCUUCCCGCGCUUUCUGUGCGAACACCCGGCCUGUGGCAUGCGCUUCCACCGCAAGGACGUCCUGCAGCGGCACAAGCUCGUCCACCAACCCAAUCCCUUAAAGCGGAGGCGGAAGCCGCGUCGCGGGCCCAUCCCCCACGGUCCCAUCCAGCAGGCCUCCCACCAGGACUCAACCACACCGCCGGCCGAUCUCAGCCCACCGCCCGUUGCUCUAAACCAACUUCCCUUGAGUGCCGCCCUCACCCCUCCGCGCCACCAUGCCGCCAGCACCGCCUCGCAGUCGCCGCCCCAGGACCUGCCCCAGUCUGCGCACGACUCCUUCAAUCUGACCACCGAAUGGGACUAUGGCAUCCACGAAUGGCCGGAAUUCGCCCUGCCUGCCGGGCCCCACAACUUCGUGCCGUCCUGGCAGAACUGUGUCAUGCCCGUCUUUGACUCCACCACCUCGCCUCUGAUCCCGCCCUCUCUGGCCCUCGCCCACGCCCCUAAUGCAUCUUUCGCCAUGGAUGCCGCCGCCUUCUUGCCGCCGCCCGCCUUGCCCUUGUCGCCGCAGGACAUGCUAAUAUGCGUCGACAAGUUUCGCCAGAGAUUCCUGCCGCGCAUCCCCUUUCUUCACUACUCGACUUGCGAAAACGAGUGCAUAGCCCAGAACUCCGCUCUGUACUACACCAUGGCCAUGGCCGGAUCCCUCUAUCUGGAUGAGUACCGCUCCAAAGCCGCGAGGAUGCACAAGCUUGCGUCCGAAACCCUACACAAGCAGUCCCAGAUGCGCCUUCAAGACUUUCAAGCAAAGAUCUUGAUAAUAGACUUCGCCGUUUGGUACGGCAACGAGGAGAUGCGGAGGUGGGCUAGCCGAGAGAAGCACGCCUUGGCCCAGGCUUUGAUAGAGUUCGUGUCAGCCGCGCUUCCGCCCCUGGGCUAUGAUGAUUGGGCUAGGUGGAGAUUGAGAGAAGAAAUCAAAAGGACUGCCUUCGCCUUCUUCGUCAACUGCGUCAUGCAAUCGACAUUCUACGGCCAUGAUACACCGAGUAUCGCCAGCUCCAUCGAGCUAUCUCUUCCAAGCCCCGAGAGCAUAUGGGAAGCCACUUCCGAGGCCGAAUGGCAAGCACAGAUUGAACUGCUCGGAUUACGGGAAAAGUCGGAGAUCAUUUUCCCCAUCGCCGCGCAUGCUAUCCUCUCUCAAGACACCGAAUAUUCAACCGAUUAUGAGCUAGCCACCCUUUUCGGACAGUUCAUCCUUCUCUGCGUCAUCAUGGACUCUUACAAUGCUGCCGCCAGACUCCCCACCAACUACGUGACGGUCGAAGGCUGGCAAAACAGGGACAUGGCGCUGUUUCGGCUGCGUGACACCAUUGAUGGCGCCCUGAGUCUUUGGACCGAGCUGUGGUGGGCAAGCCCGGAAUGUCUAUGGGAUUCCAAUGUUCCCGCGCACCCGCGCAUUGAGAACAUCUUUUUGCAUCUUUACAUCACCACAAAGUUACAUAAGAACGAGGACUCGAACCGGGAUCGACCAGCUUGGACCUACAGGCCCAUCGAAUGCGCCACCUCCAUGUUUACCAGCGUUUCGAAGGCCGGCUUCACCGAGGUUGCCACAUAUGCCGCUCAUAUACUUAGCUUCUCCUGCUACUAUAUCGCUGUUGAAAUGGCACGUACCAUGUCAGCGUGGCUCAAGAUGGUCGCCGCGCCAUCCUACGGCGCACUUACGCGCCGCGACUCUGAGAUUGUGACGCGCCUGCGCCAGUGUGUCAGACGGUUUGUUGCCCAUCCACCCACAGCGCCCGUCACCAAGCAAGAAAAUCUCCUUGGUGCGGCUCCAGUAACUGCUCCAAAACUUUUGCGAGACGGAUCAAGUUUGGAAGAAGUGAUCAAGCAAGUUGACGAGAUUUGGACGCUCGGGCUGGGCGGUGAGCAGUGGAAAGAAGACGAAGUAAAAGGCGUCGCGGUGAGGCCGCUGCAGUCAACUCCGAUGCCGAAUUUGGAAACUCCGAUGCCUAUAACAUGA